GCGUCAGAGGCGCGCGGACGUGCAGAAGCCUGGAUCGGCCGCCACUUAUCGAUUUGUAACACCGCGUUUGUCGUGCUGUAUCGCCCGCGGUCGUCCUGCGCCAUUGGCUGCUCGUUCCGUCUCGGUUAACGACGCAACACUGAACUUCGGGGUGUUCUUUUUUAAACAACUGCUGUAUACGCGUCUCAGAGCCGAGUGUAUAAACACCUUAAUAGCAGCGUCUUACUGUUAAAGAGGUCGUUAAUACGUCUGUGUGAAGAUUUUAACCUUGAGAACGGUAACUGCAUAAUUCAUCACACAGAAGACGUAACUAUAACAAGACGUACGUUAAUAGUAACUGUGGCGAAAUAAUACCAAUGGUGUCCGGAUAAUUAUACGAAUUCUCGUUUCUGUUACACACGACAGACACGUAAAACACGCGCGUAAUGUCUGUGAUGCUGAAGACAGAAACUGCGAGCUGGUGGUAAGGAGACACGGGCGAAGGCUCAGUGGGUCAGGAAGGAACGCGACUACGAUGACACCCUUCUGGUUACUACUGGCUUUGGUGGCAGUGACAGGUGUCGGUGGUUACAUAGAGGUGGUUAAGGACUGGGGAUGCCACACGACAGAGUUCAGGCUCACGUGCCGGGAACUGGACGCCCAAAUAGCGAUCCUAGACGCCUUUUUCACCGACGCUUCCACUGCGAGCCACAAUUGCACGCCAACAGCUGACGAAGUGGUUUCGAAACCCUCCACCGCUUCCCCCCCGGCCUUGGUGGCGGUUGACAACGGAACGUCCACUGCGCUCAACAGUUCUUCGACACUCAGGGUCCGCAGAGAGGCCGUUUCUUUCGAAAAGAAGCAAAUUGGACUUCCCGUCAAACACAGGUGUUCCGGGGUGAACCACUGCAGUUUCCGCCUGACGACAGACUACACGCUGGCGGAAGCCUGGGGCCCUGGCGUGGUGUUCAUCAAGUACGCGUGCAUAAACCAAGAACACAUCACCAGGAACUGUCAGAAAGACAUCAGCGUCGUCGGGGAGGGCUUCGUGGAGACGCCCGGAUAUCCGCAGUACAGCGUUGAGAGGGACUGUACCUGGAAGCUGCGUUCACAGGAGGGGCAGCGCGUUCACUUGUCAUUCCUAGACAUCUCACUCAGAGAUAUCGGCUCCACAGAGACAGAGUGCAUUGACCGUCUGACGGUGAGGGAAGGAAACAGACAACGCCUGUCACUCUGCGGGGAGAGGGAAGAAACCAUCGUCAUCGAGUCCGAGGGCGAGGGUCUGGAUGUCUCCGUGUCCAUCAGAAGCAAAAACAUCUUCCCGAAGAGAGGCGUCCUCUUCCAGUACAAAGCGCUGGGGUGCCCGCCCCUGAAGACUCCUGAGGACGGCUACCUGGUGGACCACAACGCUUCUCACGCGGAGUACAUGUGCUGCGUCGGGUUCGUGUUCCCGGACACUUCGCGAAGGGACAGGAGACUGUACUGCGAGGGCGGACACACCUGGAGUACAGUCCUGCCAAACUGCAUCAAUGUUACCAGCAGCAUCUGGACCAAAAACAGCUCACUCAUCAGGUUACCGGAUGCAGACACGAACCUCACGACUGCGAUGGCAGUGGUGAUAAAGGAGUCUGACUUCAUCUACGAUGUAAUGUUACCAACUACGAUAAUAUGUGUGCUGCUAAUUGGAAAUGGAGUCAUAAUAUUCAUAAUUUUCUACUUAAGAAAGAAGAGGAAGCUAGCGCAGCAAGCUGAUGACGAAGAGCUGGGUGCCAUUUUCCAGCCUCACGAUGGCAGUAUCAGCGACAAAGCAAUAAGCGUGUGACGGUUCCAGCCGGCCCAGGAGCUGGAGAUCCGGGCCUGCAGUUCCGAUUUUUAUGUGAUGGGGUGGGACUGACGCGGAGCUUUCAAGAAAGAAAACUCCGCGUUCUAUAGCUGUCAAAAUGUUGGGCAUUGCUGUAUCAGACCCUAAUAAUUCAAGAUUAUAUUGUACAAAAGAGGAGUUCUAGUCCGUAAAGUUGGCGAACAAAAGGCUCGGUGUAAUGUGCAGUAAUUAAGAUGUAAAAAUGUAGAUGUAUAAAUUAUUGUCGCACACUUCUACAUGACGCUGAGAAACUCCUUGUUAUAGUACAGUCAAAAGAAGUUAAUCAGAUAAACAUUCUUAAACUGCACAGCGGAAAGUUUUGCUGAUUGUGCAUAAAUAUCAAAUUCAUCCAUUUCUUCUAACACGCGUAAUACCAAAUACGAUUCAGUUCUAAAAAUGCGAGCAGAUAAGAGCAACUUCUUUCUCAUAAAAUAUAACUGAAAGUACUCAGACGACAAAAACACGCUGCCAACUGCACUUUCAGAACGAUCCAAGCAAAUUCAUUCAACAUUCUUUGAAACUCGUAGUGCCUAAUGAUCAGAAAUGCGUUGAACUUCCGCUGUGCAGUCAGGGAAUGCGUGGCGCUCCGUUAUCAGUUAACUUCUUCAGGCUACCAAAGUUUGAUUAUGUCAAUAACAUAGCGAUCUCAGGGAAUGUGUCAAAUGGUAUCGAGUACAAAAAAAAAAAGCACAAAUAUGUACUCGUGAAAUACCGGAAUGCAGAAAUGAGCUUGUCCACUGCUGCAAUAUUUAAUUCUAUUCAAAUCCUGUCCAUUAGAAAAUUAAUUAAUGAGGAAAUGAUAAGAAUCUGAAGGUUUUGGCAAAUAGAAUUUUUCUCAAAAUGAAAUUUUCUGUUAUAAUGCAUCCACAAGGAACUUGCUGAAUUAAAAUAUUUGAGACGAUCUUAUUGUUCAGAGGGAAACUAAUGGCUUUGUACAGGAAGUUGCUCAGUAUUAAUGUGAUUAAAUACAGUUCACGUAUUUUGAGCGGACCGCAAGAAUGGUCGGACAUAUCGGAACUUGUAUUUUAUUGAACGUGAGCUAUUUUUUUGUUUGUGUUUGUGAGGGAUGUCUGACCGGCCUACGAGUGAAAUGGUGCUACCACUACUCCUUUCCUAAUGCCGUGUAUUACUAGGCAACUGCGACGCAACAUGUUAGUCACAACUCUAAAAGUAACGUCACGUCUAAUACAGACUUGACCGCUCUCCCAACAUCAUGAUUCGGGUUUUCAAUCGCAAUUAAUGACGUCUAUACGAGACAAAACACCCGAAUAAAAAGUCUUAUGAGAAAAACAGAACAAUUUUUCAAAAUAUUCAUCUGAAACUGCACCAAAUUGAAUUCAUAUUGGAUACUGUAAUAAUAUCAGUGAAAAAAAAAAUGUUAAGAUUAAGUGCUCGUAGGAUACAAAUUUUGUAACACUGUUUAAUAGAAGUUAAUAUUUUACAGAGCUAAGGACAUUUAUUAUUGCAACUGUGAUACCAUGCAAACUCUGCCUAGUCAGAAAAAUAGCAGCACUGGAACGCACGUCGAUUAAACGUAGUUUCUCUUCUAUGUCCAACGCUGAAAAAUUAUGUCGAGAGUAGCGAGCGGUAUUUACUGUCUGUGACCGGUUAAUACAAUGGCUCGCUUUAAAAGAGCGGCCGUGACGAGUGAGAGAUCAGCAGUGUAACUCAACUAGCUUGCAACGUCAAUUAUCGCUGUAAUGCGCGUCUCGCCCAUUUCCUGGACGUGCAGAACGUGUCACUGCUGUACAUUUAAUUGUUGUCUACACGACUUUUGUAAAGAUUUUAGUGGCUACGCAGACGACAAAAAUAACGUUUCUACAGUGCAGUUACCAAAACGCUUACGUAAAUGUUAAAACCAGUAAAACAAUGUCUUAUUUUAUUAAUGUUACCGUAUUCCAGUCUUGCCUUUAAAUGCUUAACGUUAAAACCAGAUAUUAACUGUUUUAAAACUAAAUUCUAUUUUAGGAAUAUUACUGUAUUUGAGUCUUGCCUUCAGAAGUGGAAAAUGUUAAAUGAUGUAUCUAAUCUUUAGUCUUACAAUACAUUCCAGUCUUGUACUAACGUU